AUGAUUCAUGUUGUAGUGUUGCCAUUAUUGAUAAGUCUUGCAUUAUCCGCAAGGGAGCCCCGUCAGAUUAAUCUUGCGAAUCAAGGAGCAAUAUCCGGAAUGUAUAUCACGAGAUUUCGAACAAAGAGAAUAGCCGCGUAUGUAGGAAUACCUUACGCACAGCCUCCACUGGACUUCAGAAGAUUUGCUCCCCCUGAGUUUACAGACCUUCCAAAAUGGGAAGAGGUUAGAAAUAUGACAAUAUUUGCUCCUGAUUGCAUGCAAGCAGAUCCUAAGGGAGAGGAUGUGCAGAAUCCAUUACCGAAACAUGAUGAGUUGUUCAAUAAAUUGUUGGAGGCUCAAUUAGAGGAGCCAAGAAAGAAAGAAUAUUCUGAAGAUUGCUUGUAUUUAAAUGUUUAUGUGCCAGAUGAUUUUAAAGUGGAAGGAUAUCCGACAAUGGUGUGGUUUCAUGGUGGAAGUUUUGUCCGAGGCAGUCCAAAUAAUGUUAAUCCUUUCCAUCUUGUGUUAAAACAUAAGGUUAUUUUCGUUUCUGCAGCAUACCGAUUAAAUAUUUUCGGAUUUUUUUCAUCAUUAGACAAUGAAUCGCCUGGAAAUUAUGGGUUACUUGAUCAAGUGGCAGCUUUAACUUGGGUUAAGAACAAUAUAGAAAGUUUUGGUGGUGACCCAGAUAAUGUAUGCAUCUUUGGUCACGAAGCUGGUGCUGUAAGCGUAGGUCUUCAUUUGAUAUCUUCCCAUUCUUCCGGACUCUUCCAAAAGGCAAUAGCAAUGAGUGGCAAUGUACUGUCACCAAACACUGUUAAUACAGUCAGUAAAGAAAUUCUUACUGUAGAUAAAGUAGCCAGUGCUUUCGGGUGCUAUCGAAAGCCUACGAUUCAGUUAUUAGAUUGUCUAAGAAGAGCUAAUUAUCAAGCUCUAUUAGAUGUUGGUGGACCAUUAGCUGAGUGGGGCCCCAUUGUAGACGGUUCUUUUAGUAACGGUUCAUUAUACAUACCAUUUUUACCCGAUUUGCCUAGUAAAAUGUUCAAAAGUGAUAUUUUUACUCCAAUACCAGUUUUAACUGGGUACACCAACAUGGAAGAUGCUCUACGCCUUCACAAAGAAGAUGAUAAAAAUGACGGUUUAAGCCAAAGAGAAUUUGAUGUAAUGCGGGAAGAAAUAAUAUUAUCAGACAUAACAAUAGACAAUAGUUCUUGUUUCACAAACCAACACCAUAUACAAGAUGCUGUAUCAUUCUUUUACAAACCUAUACCGCCUACAUCUAAUGAAACCGUUUUACGUAAACUAUUUUUGGAAUUCUACACCGACAAAGUACAUGGAGCCACUACUUAUCAACUAGCACAAUUUCUUAGUAAGCAUUCGCCUGUUUAUUUAUACAGAUUUGAUUUGAAACCUUUUUCGGAUAUAGCUAACGAAGGCAUACCAGAGUGGAUAGCAGUACCUCAUAAUUUUGAUUUAACUUUCACUUUUGGCUUACCUCAUUUAGCUUUACCUGAAGAUUUUGCUAAAUGGGAUAUCAGAGAUAAAAGUAUUUCUGAUGUGAUAAUGAAAAUGUGGUCGAAUUUUGCAUGGUAUUCGAAUCCGACUAAUUCUGGAGUCAAUAUUUUAUGGGAACCUUUCGAAAUAGAAAAACCUGGUUAUCUGAUUAUUGAUCGUAAGAACUUCACAAUGAGCACACCAGAAACUGUAAAUUAUAAAGCAUUUGAGUUUUGGACAGAGUUUUACCCCAAAGUUGUUGAAAUUGGAACUAAAUGCUGUAAAGAAAAAGAUGAGGAUUCUGGAACUGACUCUAUAAUGACGUUCCAACUGCUCAUGGUGAUCACAUCAGCGACGCUGGUGAUGGGGCAACGACCCGGGUUUGCGGGUAGUAGACCCAUUGGUUACCCGGAACUUUACAACAGAACUACAACCACGGCUGAUGGUUUAGAAGAUCGAUUUGGUGAAGGCACUACACAAAGGUUACCUAUAGAAGCCAAUGGAGACAGGGACCUAAUAGAUCGACUCAGUAAGCUGCCGAUUGAUAAGCAACCUUUCUGGUUCAUUAACUGGCAAGCAAUUGAAGCCAACAGAGAAAAUCCCCAGACAUAUCCUCAAAAACCAAACGUUUUCAUUGACCCAAUCCCAAUAAAUAACCAACCUAAUUCUCCAAAUAGUCCAAUUCAGGGAUCAACUUCUCAAAAUCCUACUAAUAUAGGAUCUACCCAAAAUAGUGUGAGUUUAAGUAUGAGAAAUGGUGAACCAAACGUUCCUAAUACGGCACCAAUUUCACUGAACAAUGGUCAAACCAUCUCACAAAUCCCGACUACUCCAAGACCUGAUAGUUUUAAUAAUCAAAAUUCGUCUAAAGAUAAUAAUUUAUAUAAACAAAAUUCCUCCCACCUAGCAUCUAAUGGGUCCUAUUCUGAAAUAUCAAACACUAAUUCGCCCAUAUCCACUACUUAUACUAAUGUAAAUGUAUAAGUUUUUGAAUACUAU